AUAAAGCAGCUCGAGGCAUAUUCCGGUCGGUCAAUAUGAAGAGGUGGAGGUGGUGGAUUUGCGAUUGCAUUACUUACUAUUAAUUAUAGAAACCCAAUUCUCUCUCUCUCUCUCUCUCUCUCAAAUUGCAAGGUUGAAACCGAUCUGAUCCAAGGAACCGCAUCGAAGAAGAAGAAGAUGUUUAACGGGAUGAUGGAUCCUGAGAUGAUUCGUCUCGCUCAAGAUCAGAUGAGUCGUAUGACCCCUGCUGAUUUCGCCAGAAUCCAACAACAGAUGAUGUCGAAUCCGGAUUUGAUGAAGAUGGCAACGGAGAGUAUGCAGAACAUGAGGCCUGAAGAUUUGAAACAAGCGGCUGAACAGCUCAAGCACACUCGUCCUGAGGAUAUGGCUCAGAUCGGCGAGAAGAUGGCCAAUGCUUCCCCUGAAGAGAUUGCUGCUAUGCGUUCCCAAGCUGAUGCUCACUUCACUUAUCAGAUCAACGCUGCUCAGAUGCUCAAAAAACAGGGGAAUGAGCUUCAUAGCGGAGGAAAUUUCAGUGAUGCUGCAGAGAAAUAUCUGCGUGCGAAGAACAAUCUGAAGGACAUUCCAUCCUCUAAAGGUGGAGCACUCUUGCUGGCUUGUUCCCUCAAUCUCAUGUCAUGUUAUUUGAGGACCAAUCAGUAUCAAGAGUGCAUCAAGGAAGGUUCAGAGGUUCUGGCAUAUGAUGCAACAAAUGUCAAAGCCCUUUACAGAAGGGGUCAAGCUUACAGAGAUCUUGGCCUCUUUCAAGAUGCCGUCUCCGAUCUAAGCAAGGCCCAUGAAGUUUCCCCUGAAGAUGAGACCAUUGCCGAUGUGCUAAGAGAUGUUAAGGAAAAAAGGGCGGUUGAGGGACCUGGCAAGGCAUCAGCAAGAGGAGGUGUGGUGAUUGAAGAGAUAACUGAAGAGAACAAUGUUACUUGUGGAGAAAGCAAAAAACCGAUUAAAGAGGUUACCGAGACCCAACGAGAAAGCAACGGUGGUGGUGGUCUAAAGACCGAUCUUGAUGGAUUGCAAGCUCUCAGAGACGACCCCGAAGCAAUCAGAACGUUCCAGAACUUCAUAUCAAAAACCGAUCCCGACACACUCGCUGCUCUGAGCGGAGGAGGAGACAUGUCGCCAGACAUGUUCAAAACCGCCUCCAGCAUGAUAGGCAAAAUGUCACCCGAAGAGAUUCAGAAAAUGGUCCAAACAGCCUCAUCUUUCAAAGGAGACAACAACCCUGGAGAAAACGGGUUUGCACCAACACCAGACAUGCUUAAACUUGCGUCCGAUAUGAUGAGUAAGAUGUCGCCAGAAGAGCGGGAGAGGAUGUUUAACAUGGCGUCGUCUAUGAAAGCAAACGCUCCUCCACCAGUUUCGACGUCGUACAGCGAUGCGCAAGGGUCUGAACCACCACGGGUUGUAGGAGAGUCUAGUUCCACCUUCGUGGCUCCAAGAAGCAGUAUGCCUUCUGCUCCUCCACCACCUGGUGACUUGCAGGAACAGAUGAGAAACCAAAUGAAAGAUCCAGCGAUGCGACAGAUGUUCACGUCAAUGAUAAAGAACAUGAAUCCGGAGAUGAUGGCAAGCAUGAGUGAACAGUUUGGAAUGAAGAUGACACAAGAAGAUGCUGCAAAAGCUCAGGAAGCCAUGGCUUCUCUUUCUCCUGAAGCUUUGGAGAAAAUGAUGAGAUGGGCGGAUAGGGCACAAACGGGGAUAGAGAAAGCGAAGAAAGCAAAGAAGUGGUUGCUAGGGAAAGGAGGGUUGAUCUUUGCGAUAUGCAUGCUCCUUUUAGCAAUCAUCCUUCAUCGUCUGGGCUAUAUUGGAAGGUAGAAAAAAAGAAAAAAGUAACAAUACUUGAACCACUACGUCAAGAUCAUCAGUCUUUUGGUUUUCGGGGUUCGUAGUUUGCAACACUGUAACAUGGACUCUUCUCUCUCUCGGCUUUGUAACCCACCCACGCCACCUUUUUGUCUAGAUUUCUUUCCAUCAUGUUUUUUUUCUUAUGACUUUAUAAUGUUAAAAAAGAAAAGAAUACGUUAAACUCUUAUUAAGAUGGAACUAAUCAAAACCGUUACCUCUGAA